GUACACUGUCGGGCGGUAGGUACAUUGUUAGCGGUAGGUACCCCAGUCCCGGGCGGUAGGUAUAUUACUAGCGGUAGGUACACUGUCGGGCGGUAGCAGUACCCGGACACACUGUGGUCGCCAUGCAGAGGGUUCGGCUGGCCCACUCGGCUGAUGAGCUGCUGGCCACUCAGGCCGGGUUUGGCAGGACGGUGGAUCCUCUCAUAGACCUAUGCGUGGUUUCCGUGGCAAAAUAUAUGUCACUCUUCGAGUCCGAUGUUGAAUCUUUUCCACCAAAUGUGAAAGACAAACUUAUCAAGCUGCUAUGUAUUCAAGGGCACCUUACAGACUCCAGCAUCCGCCAGGUUCUACACCCUUCUGUAAGGAUCCUAGACCUGCGUGACUGCGAGGUGUCUGAUAGUGCCCUUCAGUCUAUUUCCCAGUGCAAACAGUUAAAGGAAAUCAAUUUAAAUACUUGUAAAGGGCAGAUAAGGACAUCAAUUACUUCAGAAGGUGUUUGCUCUCUGGCUCUGUCUUGCCCGUUGCUAAUAAAGGUCUUGUUGAGAGGAUGCUGCAAUCUAACAGAUGCGGGAGUCAUAGCUCUUGCCGUCAACUGUCCUCAACUGCAGAUUCUUAAUUUAAGCCACUGCACCUCUAUCACCGAUGAGUCCUUGCAGGCACUGGGCCAACAUUGUUCCAGUCUGCUCAAUCUUGACUUCUCAGCAACUCUGGUAACUGACAGUGGAGUUCAAGGAUUGGUGAACGACAGAUAUUCAGCCAAAUUAACGGAAAUUAAUAUGUGCCGGUGUGUGAACGUGACUGAUGAAUCCAUAGAAGCUGUCCUUAAAGGCUGUCCACACAUACGUAUCCUACUCUUCCAUGGAUGUCCACUGAUCUCAGAUCGCUCAAGGGAAGCAUUGGGGCAAUUGGUUGGACCAAACAAACUCAAGCAAGUCACCUGGACAGUUUAUUAAUACUUCAACCAAAUAACUUCUUUAACUUUGUCAGUUGUUUAGUUGGUUGUUUUAUCAGUAGUUGCUAGUCUUAUAUCAUUGUUUUCAUUUGGUUUGGGAAAAGAUAGUGGUGUCCAGACUGAGAGUGAAACAUUUGAUCUACUGUGGGACUAGGACAAUACAACAACAUAAGGCUUUGUUUUAUAGGCAGUUAAUGCUUAGUAAACAUCACCUUCUGUGUUUAAACCAUGACUUACCAGUACAGAGGUCUGUAACUGUUGUUAACACACAUGUCUCAUGAGACCUGCCUGGUUAUCUCCUAAACUUCAAAUCCUAUAAUUAGUGGCCUAAAAUUAUAGGUGGUAAACAUGUAGCUGCAGAUGGUGAACAAUUGAUAAUUUUCCACCUGUUCUCAAAUAAGAAUGUCAACUAAAGCCCAGUAUAUGUUCUUCAAGAACACCAGUUUGGGCUUAUUUUACAUUUUCCCUGGUUUUAAAUGAUUCUCAUAAACGAGACACACUAAUAGAUAUUAAUUUCUGGUAAAGACAGAAGUCUUCUAUGGUGAUAACUGACCAACUUUGACCUCAUUAUCUGAAGCGUCUUUCUUGGUUUCUUGAUAGGGACUUCAUCUAGCUUUAUGAUUCAUAAAUUAACCAUUAAAGGCCAUGCCCCGGUUCACGAUAUCAUGUCUUAACUGGUUGCAGAUUUUGGGAACUUCAUUAAAAACAUGGACCACUGGUUGUCCCUAAGAGCGAUGGUUUGAGGAGCAUUUAAUUACACUAAAUCUUCCAUCUUGUUUUACUAACCGGUACUUUCUUAAGGCUGAUUGUAGUUGGAGUGUAAAAACAGAUGAUGGGACAGAAGAUUUUUUGCAUUAUGCACUUAUAUUGCAAAGUAAAAUAUUUGCAAUCAUUUUUGCACUGUAAAUUAACUCACAGUUAUUUACUAUAUUUCCACUCAUUUUUCCCAUUGUGCUGAUAAAACUUUUGGCAGAUGUUAAAUGUUUUUCUAGGUAUUAUUUUAUUCGCCAAGUGCCCUAUAAUUAGAAGACUCAUUUUCUAAACUGGAGUACGUACUGCACUAAUAUAUCCCCUAGGUGGCGCCAUAUACUACACAAAACAAAAGAAAACCUCUUUGAAAAAUGGAAAAAAUUAUUAAUUAUCCCACAGGAUUGGGGAAAUGAUGGCCAUCAAAUUUGAAUAAAGGUAAAACAAAGUGUGAAAAUAUAAAAUAAAGGCGGUAAGUGUUAAAUAUUAAACAAACAGCUUAAGGUCCCUUUAGAUGUAGAGAACAAUUGUUCAGAAUAUUUAUGUCUAUGAUCAUUAGACAGUAUUCUACUCUCUGACACCAACAGCUGACUAGUAAUUCCCCUUACUAGGCUCAGCAGGGAGACACAGUCAUUGGACCAAUUGCUGCUGUGUUUUAAAGUUCUUUAAAAUAUCGCGGUUAUCUAAAAGGAAUUUAUGUAACUGUGAAAUACAACUUUUAAAGGAGAAGUGCUUUGCAUUUUGUAAUUGUACUAUGCAUAUCACUGAUUUGUAUAAGGAAGUACAUAAUGUAUAUAUUGUAUUUAUUCCGCUUUAGUUGUGACAAAAUUGUCACUUCAUUUUUUUAUGAAGGGUUAUAUAUAUGAUGUAUGUUUGUAAACACUGUUUUUGUGCUCUAUUUUGUUGCUUAACAACCUUAUUGAUUUAAAGGGACACUUGAUAAAGUGCUUUACGCGUGAUGAGUGUGUCCUCUUUUGUUGAAUUUACAAAAAGUGCAGAUUUCAAUAGAGAUUGGAGCUUUUAUAAAUUAACCUUGUUCCCUCCUGAGAGCUAAACUCAAGAGGCAGCAAUUGCCCAGAGCACCUGCUUUGCAAUUACUUCUCUUUGAGCUGCAUUGGGAAUUCUGUGAUUGGACAGCCACAGAAAGUCUGCGCGGAGUUAGAAGGGGAGGCCUUGUGCAAGCUGUUUUAGAUAUAACUCCAAUGAAAAAUACAUAAUUACAUACAUGCAUGUUGUAAUUGGAGGUAUAUCUGCUAAACAGUGAAGCGAGUUGUAUUUUUUUUAAUUAAUUUUUUUCAUUUGGGCAUUGGAGUCUCCUUUUAAUAAAGUGAUUUUUUU